UCUGUCGUAGUUAUCAAUAGCAUCAGUAUAUAGUCACCAGUAGAUCAGUAGUAGGUUCAUGUGUGUGUCGUACCUAAUCGUACGCACGUGGUAAUAGUUUUUAGAAUUUGAUGUGGCCGUGUAGGAUUUGUAACGAAAGAUGGAUUGCGACUUAAUUAAAACUAUCGAGGAUGAUCAAGAAGUACCAGAUUAUUCUGAAAAUUCUGAUGUAGAAGACGAUUUUCAGCCACGGAAACAAAAGAAAAAGGAAAAAAAGGACUUUGAUAGAAAUUUUCAGUUUAUAAAUGACGUUUCUGAGUAUAAUAAAGACACAUGGAACGAUUUAAGCAAGUACAUUAAACGUAAAGCGAAGACGAAACUUGAUGACAAAAUUAAGAAGAUUAGAAAAGAAACUGAGACUGAAAAAAAAGAUGAUAAUUCUGUCACAGAUCCAUCUGAAGUUAAAAGAGAGGAUGAUGAAAUUUCUCUGUCAGAAGACGAACUUAAAAAAGAUGUGUUUAAAACCAGAGAAAAAAAGAGUAAGAAGAAAAAAGUAGCUAAAGAAAGUGAUGAAGAAACAAUUAACUUUGAAGAAUAUUCUAACUUGGAACCAUAUGCAACUUUUUAUCAAAUGAAUUUAUCACGACCUCUAUUGAAGGCUAUAACAGCUAUGCAUUUUGUACAUCCUACACCUAUUCAAGCUGCUACGAUUCCAGUUGCAUUAAUGGGACGAGAUAUAUGUGGUUGUGCUGCUACAGGUACUGGUAAAACUGCAGCUUACAUGCUUCCAACUCUAGAAAGAUUAUUGUAUAGGCCUCUAGAUGGACCUGCUGUUUCUCGAGUUCUUGUACUUGUACCUACAAGAGAACUUGGUGUGCAAGUAUAUCAAGUCACCAAACAGCUGUCUCAGUUUACUACAGUUGAAGUAGGAUUAUCUGUUGGCGGCUUAGAUGUAAAAGUUCAAGAAUCUGUAUUGAGGAAGAAUCCAGAUAUUGUAAUAGCUACACCUGGCAGAUUAAUUGAUCAUUUAAAGAAUACCCCUACUUUCUCAUUGGAUAGCAUUGAAGUACUGAUUUUGGAUGAAGCCGACAGGAUGUUGGAUGAAUACUUUGCUGAACAAAUGAAGUACAUAGUUACACAGUGUUCAAGAAGCAGACAGACAAUAUUAUUUUCCGCUACUAUGACAGAAGAAGUCAAAGACUUAGCUGCUGUAUCGUUAGAUAAACCAGUAAAAGUAUUUGUAGAUAGUAAUCAAGAUGUUGCAUUUAAUUUACGUCAGGAAUUUAUUCGGAUACGGAAAGAAAGGGAAGGGGAUCGUGAAGCUAUUUUGGCUGCACUGAUUUGCAGGACGUUUCAUGACCACGCGAUGGUUUUUGUCCAGACGAAGAAACAAGCCCACAGACUUCACAUUCUAUUGGGAUUAUUAGGUGUAAAGGUUGGAGAACUUCAUGGCAAUCUUACGCAACCGCAGCGUUUAGAAAAUUUACGAAAAUUCAAAAACGAGGAAAUAGAUAUUUUGUUGGCUACAGAUGUUGCUGCAAGAGGUUUAGAUAUUAGUGGUGUAAAAACAGUAAUUAAUUUUGUUAUGCCGGCUACUAUGCAACAUUAUAUCCAUAGAGUUGGGAGAACUGCUAGAGCUGGUCGGGUUGGAGUGUCAGUAUCAUUGGCUGGUGAACAAGAACGUUCGUUAGUUAAAGAAAUAAUUAAAAAUGCAAAGAAUCCAGUGAAAAAUCGAAUAAUACCGCCUGAUAUAAUUGAGAAAUAUAAUAAGAGGCUACAGUCCCUUGAACCUGACAUAAGGAAGAUAUUAGAAGAGGAAAGAAACGAAAGAGAAAUAGCGAAAAUGGAAAAUCAAGCGAAUCGUGUCGAAAAAUUACUUAAGAAUGCAGAUAAUAAAAACGAACAAAGAAGUUGGUUCCAGACACAAAAAGAGAGGAAAGAAGAACAAGAGAAACUAGCACUAACCGAAAAACGACCGAAGAGUAAAGAAAAGAAACAGCAAAACAAAGAGCCUUCAAAUAUAGUCGAAGAAAAGAAGAAGAAGAAGGGGUCCAAGGAACCUAAAAAGGAAACUGCGGAAGAUAGAGCGAACAAGGAAUUAGAAAAGAUUGCAGCGUAUCAAGCAAGAUUAGCUAAAAAGAAAAAUAAGCAGAAAAAGAUUCGAACAGUUGUAGAGGAUAACAAAUCUACGAAUAACAGAAGAGCAGCAGUAAAACGACCGAAAUCUUCAUUUGCUGCCGACUUAACAGAUAUAAGUAAGAAAGCUGUAAAGAGAAUGCGUUAUGAGGCAAAUACUAAAAAAAAUCAAAGUAAAACGAAAGGUGGACACAGCUUCAGUAGAGGAAAAAUGGAUAAUAGAAAAGCUUUUGGAAAACGUUAA